AUGCAACAACAGGGAAACGACAAACACGCAGGAGCUCCCGGCACCUCAUCCAACGGCAGCUUCGGACAAGAGAUCCCGCCCUUGGAAUGCUGCCAUGAACAGAAGCGGACGAGCAGAGCCAUUGUGAAGCCACUGCUGGGCUCGUCUUCGGGGCCUCCCCCUUCCACGCCCCUGAAAGCGCCCUUGGAAUACGGCCAUAAACAGAAGCGGACGAGCGGAGCCAUUGUGAAGCCACUGCUAGGCUCGUCUUCGGGGCCUCCCCCUUCCACGCCCCUGACAGGUUCCAGGAGACUUCCAGCUGUAGGGGGCCGUCAGGAACCGCCCUUGGAAUGCUGCCAUGAACAGAAGCGGACGAGCGGAGCCAUUGUGAAGCCACUGCUAGGCUCGUCUUCGGGGCCUCCCCCUUCCACGCCCCUGACAGCGCCCUUGGAAUGCUGCCAUGAACAGAAGCGGACGAGCGGAGCCAUUGUGAAGCCACUGCUAGGCUCGUCUUCGGGGCCUCCCCCUUCCACGCCCCUGACAGGUUCCAGGAGACUUCCAGCUAUAGUGGGCCGUCACGACCCGCCCUUGGAAUGCGGCCAUAAACAGAAGCGGACGAGCGGAGCCAUUGUGAAGCCACUGCUAGGCUCGCCUUCGGGGCCUCCCCCUUCAACGCCCCUGACAAGUUCCAGGAGACCUGACAGCGUCUAG